AUGGCCCGCAGCCGCUCGCGCUCGCGCCGUCCACGCAGCCGUCGACGACGUUCCCGCCGCUCGUCCUCGUCCUCGUCUUCUUCCUCCUCGUCCUCGUCCUCCUCCUCCUCUUCCUCUGUCUCUGCGUCGCCGCCGCGUAAAAAGGCUCGCAGCCGUCGCGUUAGCCCAAAGGCCCCACCUCCUCCUCGUACGACCGACACUCGUGCACCCGUUACACUCGCGCAACCUCCCGCUGUACCCACUUCCGACGCUCCCGUAGCUGCUCGUAAACGCACGCUCGACAAUGGACGCACGGGAGGCGUCUACGUCCCUCCGUUCAAGUUGGCGCAGCAGCUCAAGCUCGAGCAAGAACGCGCCCAAGCCCAAGCCCAAGACAAGGACUCAAGUGCAGCGCAGGAACUGCUGACGCAGCGACGGACGUGGGACGCGCUUCGCAAGAGCCUCAAUGGCCUCAUUAACAAGGUGAACGUGGCCAACCUGAGCAACAUUUUGCCCGAGUUUUUCCACGAGAACCUCGUCCGCGCGCGAGGUCUCUUGACCCGAGCGAUCAUGAAGGCCCAGCUGGCGUCGCCAGGCUUUACGCACAUUUACGCAGCGCUCGUGGCCGUGCUGAACACGAAGAUGCCGGAAAACGGCGAGCUGCUGGUCAAGCGCGUGGUGUUUCGCUUCCGUCGGGCGUUCAAGAGAGGCGACAAAGUCGUGGCGAUCGCACUUGUGCGGUUCAUCGCGCACCUCGUGAACCAGCAGGUGGUGCACGAGCUGCUGGCGCUCGAAGUGCUGACGCUGUUGCUGGCGAACCCGACGGACGACUCGGUCGAAGUGGCGGUGAAUUUCACCAAAGAGUGUGGCCAGAUCUUGGCCGAGUUGUGUCCAGAAGGACUGCGUGCGAUCUUUGAGCGCUUUCGAGGUAUUCUCCACGAAGGUGAGAUUGACAAGCGUGUGCAGUACACGAUCGAAGGGCUGUUUGCUAUCCGUAAGGGCGGCUUUGCCGACUACCCGGCGAUACACGAACCCUUGGAUCUCGUCGAGUCUGGCGACCAGAUCACGCACGAGACGACGCUGGAGGAGACGAUUGACUGCGAGGAUAAGCUAGACGUUUUCCGCUUUGACCCGGACUAUGAGAAGAACGAGCAAAUGUGGGCUGCUAUCAAGAAAGAGAUUUUGGGUGAGUCCGACUCGGACGCUGGCUCUUCCAGCGGUAGUGAUGGUGAAGAGGACGACGACAAUGGAGACGAGGCCGAGCAGCCAGUGGCUGCCGAGAACAACAUGUCGAUACGGGACUACACAGAGCAGGACCUUGUGAAUCUACGCCGUACGAUCUACCUGACCAUCAUGUCGAGCAUCACGCAUGAAGAGUGCGCACACAAGUUGAUGAAGCUCAAUAUUCGCCCAGGGCAAGAGAAGGAGAUAUGCUCGAUGCUCAUCGAGUGUUGCAGUCAGGAGCGAACGUACUUGCGUUACUAUGGACUGCUGAGUGAGCGGUUCUGUCUGAUCAAGCGCGAAUACCAGGACGCGUUUGAUGAGUGCUUUGCGGAACAGUACUCGUUGAUCCACCGUCUCGAGACCAACAAACUGCGCAACGUGGCAAAGCUUUUCGCUCACUUGCUGUUUACCGACGCUUUGCCCUGGACUGUGUUCGAGUAUAUCCAUUUGAACGAGGAAGAGACCACAUCAUCGAGCCGUAUCUUCAUCAAGAUUUUAUGCCAGGAGCUCUCAGAGCAUCUUGGCAUGAAGACACUGAAGGAGCGUUUCUUGGACACGAUCAUGCAGCCGACAUUCGCUGGUCUGUUUCCGACGGACAACCCGCGAAACACUCGCUUUGCCAUCAACUUUUUCACAUCGAUUGGACUAGGCGGUCUUACAACUGACCUGCGCGAGUAUCUAAAGAAUGCACCAAAGAUGAUCAUGGAGCAGGCGAACGCUGUAGCUGUCAGCAGCGGCUCGGACUCGGACUCGAGUGAUGGCAGCAGCAGCAGUGACAGUGGCAGCAGCUCUUCCCAUUCGGACUCUAGCUCGGAUUCAGAUUCGUCCAGUAGCAGCAACUCGUCCGAUUCCAGCUGA